UGGCCCAAUCACACUUCUACUCGGCCACUGAGAUUGUCGCCUUGAACAAGACGCCCGAAGCGGGACUUUAUCUUGCAUCAGGAGGCGAGUUUGUUAUCCGGGCGCUGUAUACACCAGGAGGUCCAGGUCGAGAGACUACUAGGCGAUGACGGGUGAUUGAUCCAUCUGAGCUAGCUAUCUAUCCCUCGCCCGUCAUCAUGCUUCUUCCGAUCUCGAAGCUGUCUGGCGUGUCUAAUUUUGCCCAUAGGACAUACCCACGCCGCCCUCGCUCCAUGAUAAGCAGCAGCCGUUCGUCGUAUCGGUCGCUCCCCCUCCUUCUCCCUCUCCCCUCUACCUCCCAAGAUGAGCGCAAACAAAGAAGCGGUCCGCGCGGCUGACGAGCAGCUGCUCGCCGAGCUGGGGUACAAGCAGGAGUUCAAGCGCGCGUUCACGCCGCUCGAGGUCUUCGGCAUUGCGUUCUCGAUCAUCGGGCUCCUGCCCUCGAUCGCGUCCGUCAUAUUCUACGCGCUGCCGAACGGCGGCGGCCCGGCCAUGGUGUGGGGCUGGGCGGUCGGGAGCUUCUUCAUUUUGCUCGUGGGCAUGAGCAUGGCGGAGCUGGGUUCGUCCGCGCCGACCUCUGGGGGUCUGUACUUCUGGACCUACUCCCUGUCGUCACCGCGGUGGCGGAACUUCCUGUGCUGGCUCGUUGGCUACGCGAACACCAUUGGAUCGAUCGCGGGUGUUGCAAGCAUCGACUGGGGUGCUGCUGUUCAAGUCAUGGCUGCUGCCACCAUCGGAAGCGACGGUGCCUUUGUGGCUACAUCAGCCCAGCUCUUCGGCGUCUACAUCGCCAUCCUCUCCACCCACAUCGUCGUCUGCUCGCUGGGAACGACCAUCCUCGCACGCCUCCAGACCGUCUAUGUUAUUCUGAAUGUCGUUCUAUGCAUCGUCGUUAUUAUCGCGCUACCGGCUGCAACGCCAUCCGAAUUCAAAAACACGGCGGCAUUUGCGUUGGGCGAAUUCCAAAACAUGAAUGGAUGGUCCAACGGAUUUGCCUUCUUCCUGAGCCUUCUCGCCCCGCUUUGGACUAUCUGCUCGUUUGAUUCGAGCGUCCACAUCAGCGAAGAAUCGUCCAACGCAGCGACUGCUGUACCGUGGGCCAUCGUCAGCGCUAUCGGAAUUGCUGGUGUCCUUGGAUGGGCGAUCAACAUGGCUCUUGCAUUCUGCAUGGGCACCGAUCUCGAGUCGCUCGCGUCGAGCGCUCAGCCCAUGGCGACCAUCUUCCUGAACAGCUUCGGCAAGAAGGCGACGUUGGCGCUGUGGGCGAUUGUGAUCAUUGUGCAAUAUAUGAUGGGAUCGUCUAUGCUGCUCGCUGCCAGCCGCCAGACCUAUGCGUUCAGUCGAGACGGCGCGCUUCCCUUCUCAGGCUGGUUGUAUAGAAUGAACGGUUUCACGGAAACGCCGGUGAACACUGUGAUUUUUGUCGCCUUCUGGUCCGGCCUGUGCGGGCUUCUCGUGUUCGCCGGCGCUCAGGCGACGAAUGCGAUCUUCGAGAUCUCCGUGACAGCGCUGUACGUCGCGUACUCGAUUCCCAUCGCGGCCAGGUAUAUGGGCAACAACGAAUUCAAGCCGGGCCCGUUCUCGCUCGGGUGGUUUUCGCUUCCCUGCGCGGUCAUUUCGGUGGCCUUCAUGUCCUUCAUGGGGAUCGUCUUCCUGUUCCCCACUGCAGCAGGCACGGUGGACGCGCAGAGCAUGAACUACUCGGUGGUGGUCAUGUACGCCAUCCUCUUGCUCUCCGUGCUGUACUACUUCCUGCCCGUCUACGGCGGGCGCCACUGGUUCACUGGGCCAAUCAAGAAUAUUGAUAUCCCUGUCGCUGGGAUGGAAAAGUCCUCAUUGAGCGAACAGGACGACGUGUAGUACCUUAUAUACCUAGCUAGAAUCGAGCUGAAAACCCAUUCACGUGAACAUGCGCAGUUGGAAUAACGGUCUCUGUUGUCCCUCCAUCUGACAAAAUCCGGAAAACAGGCGCGAGGGCCAUAUGAUCUCGCAUAGGAGGAGGCACCCCACACUGCGGACUGUAAAUAGAUCAUUUUUU